AUGGAGCCAAUCUACUCGCGCGAUGAGUGCAUCGCCACGAUUCGCGACUUCUACGACUUCUUAGGAAAGAUGUUCAUGGAUGUGCCCGCGUCCAUCAUCUACCCACCUCCCGGCGGUUGGCCCAACAUGACUCCCGAAGUCGCGGAUCGUCUAGGCAAGGAUCCAGAAGUCAUAAAUCUGCUACGCCAUCUGCCGUUUCCUGAUGACCAGCCUUACACAGCACGGCCGCACUGUUUGCCAGGCACCCGGUUCCACGCCUGGACGAAGGCAGUGGACGAGCUGAAGGAGCAGGAGGACGCAGAGAGAGAGGAUCUACUAAUCGAGACGGAGAGCCAUGAAGACCAGUUCGGCGGCAUGAUUCCCAAAUACUGCAUCGGUCUUACGUACGCUCUCAACAUCAGCGAAUAUGUGAUGCUGUUGGACGUCAGAACUGGGCUGGUAUAUUGGAUGGACUGCCCGGAGGAGAUUAUCAAGGCGUGCGAUCCUCAGCCAUCACGUCUGGUGUAUCCUUUGGAGGGGGAAGUAAAGGAGGAACAAGACAGAAGCGUCGUUGUUGUACAGGAGGAAGAGGAUGAUGUCGAAGCUUCAGACGACAACAGCGAAAACGAAACGCCUCCGACAUCCGACGACGGUAGUGCCGACGAGAACGAUGGGUCUGUUGAUUUCGAGGACGACGAUGAUGAUGACGAUGACGCGAUGGACGUGGAGUGGGGACCCUGCUGGCCGGUCCGCCACUUCUUCGCCAUGUUGAAGAAUCACUAUAUAAAGCUGAACUUCAUCCCGCAUAGCAGUCAUCGCGUCAUUCAAAUCUGGACGAAGCGAUACACUGACCACGACCGAAUUCCUGAAGGUUUUGCAGAGUUUUUACAGUCCAUAUAUCACAAACAUGGAUGGCCUGAUCUGGAAGUCUAUCAGAAAGCAGCAUGUAUGGCAGAGCUCGAGAAAGCGAUGGAAACAGAAGGUACCAAAUAUUACAAUCUCGAUCAGUACUUCCAGAAUCGCGAAUACUAG